CAGUCCAUCUGUCUUUGACGGUGCGUCGUCUCAUUCCGCGCGCUAGUCUAGUACGGCACAUUUUACAGCAAAAUCCUGCUCAUAUUACGAUAAAUUUAGAUAUACCGUUGUCCGCGUUAGUUUGCAGUUUAUUUUUGUUGAGUGUACGGUAAAUUUCAAAGUAAUCGCGUUAAAAACGCAGUCCUAGUUUUCUGGGCGUUUGAAAUCGGACACCGCUAUAACGUCUCCUCUUAGCGCGGAGGGAUACACUGUUGGGGCUGACAAUGUGGACGGUGCUAAAAUGUCUCCUCGGAAGAUGAGAUGUUACAUUUGUAGCGCUCAAAAUAAUUAGAAUAGAACUUUAGGCAGAGUUACAUUUGAGCGCGGUUACAUUGUAACAACUCUCGACGCGGACUGUUCGUGUUUCUCGGGAAUUAGGAGGCGUUUUACACCGUGAUUAAGCGGGACCUGAGACGCGGAGGGGGAAAAUUUUUGUCCCCCAACUUUUGUGUUUUUCCUUUCGGGCUGAAGCGCGUUUCUCUCCCGCUGGAUGCCGCGCGCUUGACGUGAGAAACGGAUCAUAAACCUGUUUGAGCUGAGAGAGAGAGAGAAAGAGAGAGACGUUCGAGCGAGAGAAGCAGAUCAAGAGCACACAGGACCAGGAUGGCGACGGUGGGGACCGACAUGGAGCUGAACGACCUGCUGGAUUUCAGUCUUUUGAUUCCUCUUCCGGUGUCGAACGGGAAGAACCGAGGCCCUACUUUACCCAGCAGUCAGUAUGGUUUAGAUGAAAGAAGUGGCUCCGGCUCUUGGGCUUCAGGAGAAGCGAACGGUCCCUCAUUCGGAGCACGGCUGUAUGGAGACGGUCCUCACUACCCUGAGCAUGACGGCAUGUACAACUUAGAGAUUGACGGGAAAUCUGAAAGAGGAUACCCCGUUACACAGCCACAUCUCUUGCCCGCUGAUAUUAGCGAUGGUCUUUCUCCUCCGGGAAUGAAAGUCUCUUCUCAGUUCUACAGUCCUCACCGCCGGAGGGGCGCUGACUCCAGCUUAGAUCCUCUGCCCAAGAAGAUCCGGAAGGUUCCUUCUGGCCUGCCGUCAUCUGUGUCUUCGGUUUAUCCCGGUUGCACCGGUGAGGACUAUAACCAGGACGGCUCCGGAUACCCCGGAUCCAAAGCUGCAAACCUUUAUCCAGGCUCGUUCUGGCAGGAUGGGCUUCCGGAUCAUUGGGGUCAGUCUAGUUAUCCUCCGGUCAUGAGUAACGCUCCUCACAUCGGUCAGCAGGCUCCGUUCCCCUCCAUAAACACACAGAAGCGGCAGCCUUUGCCCCUGUCACCGCAGAACUACCCUCUGCACGGGAGCGAGGUCAACUUACCCACCAGCUUCCACCAGGCCUCUGCAGGAUACGGCGUUCCCAACCACACGCCGCCCAUCAGCACCUCCGACGGCAUCAUGGCAGUCAGCAGAGCGGGAAACCCAGGCAGCUCCGGCGCGGAGAUCGGGAAAGCUCUCGCUUCGAUAUAUCCCUCUGACAAUAACAGCUUCUCCUCCAGUCCCUCCCCUCCUGUGGGCUCUCCUUCAAACGUCUCCGCUUCUGCUUCUCAGUGGUCCAAAGGCUCUUCUCAGCCCAGUUUUGAGCCCGGACUGCAGGCGCCGAAUAAGAUGGAUGACCGUCUGGGUGAAGCGCUGCAUGUGUUGAGGAAUCACGCGGUGGGCGCAGACAUGCACAGUUUACUGAGCGGACAUCCGGCUGGUGCCGCGGCUCUGGGCUCCAUCAGUCAGGCCUUCGGGCUCAUCAGCCGCCUGCCGGGCCUGAUGUCAAAUCACAGUGAUGAUGCCGCAGGUUUGCCACAGUCCAGUGCUCUGCUGCAGGGACACCAUGCCCCCCAUCAGGCUCCGCCCACUUCCCAGUCCGACACCUUUACCAGUCUUUCUCUGCCUCGUUCCUCCAGCUCGGAUAUAAAGCGGGAAGAUAAGGAAGACGAUGAGAACCUGUCUAUCGGAGAUAAAUCAGAGGACGAGAAGAAAGACGGAAAAAGCCGCACACGAACGAGCAGCGUGUCGGAGGAGUGUCUGACGGUGGAGGAGAAGGAGCAGCGUGAGCGCGAGCGGCGCAUGGCCAAUAACGCUCGGGAGCGGGUUCGUGUGCGCGACAUUAACGAAGCCUUCAGGGAGCUCGGCCGCAUGUGUCAGCUGCACCUGAAGAGCGACAAGGCUCAGACUAAACUCAUCAUCCUCCAGCAGGCCGUGCAGGUCAUCCUGGGCCUGGAGAGACAGGUGCGAGGUAGGACGAACCCCUCUGAACCACACCGUCCUGCCGAGAAACACACCGCCGCCGCUGCUGCUGCUGAGAGCCGCGUCUCUUUCCUCGCUUUGACUGCUGCUCGCUGUGUGUUUGUGUGAUGCUAAUCUGUGUGCGUCUGCUGACCGUAGCAUCUUUCUGCACAUGUUCUGCCUCAUUAACGUGAUUUACGCAAGUAGUGACAUUAGCUCAUUGUAACAUUCUUAGCAAUCCUCAGUUAUGGUUUGAGCUGAUUGAUUAUGAUUGAAACAACCAAAUAUAUUAGGAUUAAUCU